AACGCUAUGACAACAAAAAUAUGCGAAAUGCAAGUAUAAAACAAAAUACAAUAAAUAUUCGUGAGAGGAAUGAAAACAUUUUAAACGCUCUACCGCUCCCAUUCGUGUUAUGCUACUGCUUCCACUGUGAUCUAAUGUAUAAUAAAUUUAAUACUGUGCAAGUUUACGUUAAAUAGUAACUUAAGAUAAAGACGCGUUGUGUUUAUUUAAUUGUUUUCCGCCUGCGCUACGUGUCAUAUGAUUUGCCAAAAAUAGCCAAGUAAUAGAAAACAAACGAAAAUUAAGGAGCGACUGAACAAAAAUGCAGCAACAUUACUAAAAAGAAUAUAUAUAUAAUAAAAAUACAAAUUCAAAUUAAAUUCAAAAGAAAAGAAAAAGUAUUGUGCCCGUGUUUACGUCGGUGUGUGUUCGUGCCAGUUUUUUUUUUUUCAUGUGCGUGAAUGUGUUGUGAAGCCGGCAUAACAUCAGUGCAGUGAAACAGCUGAGAGAGCUAGCGACGGGCACACACACGCACACACACACUCGUGCAAUAGCAACUGCAAUAAUAAGAAGAGCAAGGAGAACGAGCACUCACACAAAGGAACGAAAAUGUAUCGAAUCGGUCCAAUUGGACGCAAAUCAAACUUCCAUUCGCGCGAGAAAUGUCUGAUUGGACUCGUGCUGGCGACUCUGUGCUUCCUAUGCUUCGGCGGAAUUUUCCUGCUGCCAGAUAACUUUGGCAGCGAGCGCGUUCUGCUCGUCUACAAGCACUUCCAGAAGGCCGGUCCGGAGAUUUUCAUACCGGCUCCACCGCUGGCCGCGCAUGCGCCACGCGACGAGGAUCCCCAUUUCAUAGGCGAUCGCCAGCGACUGCAGCAAAAGAUUAGCGCCGAGCUGGGCGAUCUGCUGGACGAACCGCAGGCGGCGGGCGGUGAUGCGAUCGCCCAGGCGCCAGCGCCGUUGCCGGCGGCCCAGCAGGAGCAGCCCCUCGAGCAGGAUGCGGCGCUAGAUGCGGCUCGUGCGCCACCUCGAGUCUCACUGCCAGCAGCACCAGCCGCAGCAGCGGACCACACAACCAACAACAACAACAAUCAGCUCGUGACCGAGCAGCAGCUCAAGUUGCCCAUGGACUUGGCCAAGGAUCUGCCGGGCGACACUAACGAACUGCGAGAGAAACGUGAGAAAAUUAAAGAGGUGAGUUCAAAUAUCCACAAAAAUAGAUCGAAUUUUACAAAAAGUAAAUUAAUAAACGUGUAAAGCACGCACGCCCCC